AAGAGAAGAGCGCACAAAAAAAGAAAAGAAAAGAAAAAGCGAGCUGCUCUAGAGAGUAGAGAGACAGAGAAAGAAAGAAAGAAAGAGAUGACGACGAUACGCAGAUUUUGCUGCAACGAUCUUCUUCGCUUCACUUCGGUCAACCUAGACCACCUCACUGAAACCUUCAACAUGUCCUUCUACAUGACCUAUUUAGCAAGAUGGCCCGACUAUUUCCAUGUCGCCGAAGCCCCCGGUAACCGAAUCAUGGGAUACAUUAUGGGAAAAGUUGAAGGGCAAGGGGAGUGUUGGCAUGGUCAUGUAACUGCGGUAACCGUUGCUCCAGAAUAUAGGAGGCAGCAAUUAGCCAAGAAACUGAUGAACCUGUUAGAAGAUAUCAGUGACAAGAUUGACAAGGCUUACUUUGUUGAUCUUUUUGUUAGAGCAUCAAACACACCUGCAAUAAAGAUGUAUGAAAAGCUUGGGUAUGUAAUCUAUAGAAGAGUGCUACGCUAUUAUUCUGGGGAGGAAGAUGGGUUAGAUAUGAGGAAAGCAUUAUCUCGGGAUGUUGAAAAGAAGUCCAUCAUCCCCCUUAAACGGCCAAUUACUCCUGAUGAAUUAGAGUAUGAUUAGUUCAGCUUUCUAUGUAAUUUCUGUUGGCCAAACUGAAUGAUGAUUCAUCACCAUGUGCUUGUGGCUUUUCCAGAUGUGGAGUUUAGGCAUUGUAGACUGGUUUUUUGAAGUUCUUCUUGUACUAUUGGUACCUCUUUCUUCCGUGAAUGAGUAAUUUGCUUUUAUCAUAAAACUCUUGUAAGUUCAUAUUGAAAAGUUACCUUCCAUUACAAGACAAUUUCUUGAAUCAUUCUUAAAACAGUAGCUUGCCAUGGGUAAUGAAAGAACAGUGGUUCAUUUA